AUGCCGCCGGUCCCAGUCCCCGUCCCAGUCCCAGUCCCGACAGAUCUCCCCCCCUUCAAACCACGGAUAGUAUGCUACCAACAAACAUACCACCACAACGACGACGAGUACUGCUCGCUCCUCCCGCUGCUGACCAACCCGUCGGGCAUCACCCACGUGAUCCUCGCGGCGCUGCACGUCAACUGGGAUCCCGGCAACGUGACGCUGAACGACGACCCCUCGACACACACCAAGUACACGCAGCUGUGGGACGAGGUGCUCGUGCUGCAGGACAGCGGGAUCAAAGUGCUCGGCAUGCUGGGCGGGGCGGCACGCGGCACGUUCGCGCGCCUGGACUACUCGGAAUCCCGCACGGACGUGCCCCUCGCGCGCUUCGAAGCCUACUACAUCCCCCUGAGGGACCUGAUCCGCCGGCACGCGCUCGACGGGCUGGACCUGGACGUCGAGGAGGAAAUGUCCCUCCCGGGGAUCGUGCACUUGAUCGAUCGGCUGCGGGAGGACUUUGGGCCCAGUUUCCUGAUCACGCUGGCCCCCGUGGCGACGGCGCUGAUGGCCGGCCGGCGCCACUUGUCGGGCUUUGAUUAUCGCGUAUUAGAAUCCAUGCGCGGGCCACAGAUCGGUUGGUAUAAUGCCCAGUUCUACAAUGGGUGGGGCGGGCUGCAUUCGACAGAGGCGUACGACGAGAUCAUGCGCAAUGGGUGGGAUGCCCAGCGCGUCGUCGCGGGGAUGUUGACGAACCCCAAGCACGGCGGGAGCGGGUAUGUCCCACUGGAGCUGAGUGCCGCGGUGUUGAGCCUUUUGGUGGAGCGGUACCCGAGGUUUGGCGGCGUCAUGGGCUGGGAGUAUUGGGAUGCGCUGCCGCAGGAGGGGGGCGAUCGGGCUUGGAUGUGGGCUUAUUGUAUGGGUUUGUGCAUGGGGAUGAAGAAGGUGCGGGAUGCGGCUAUGGUGGUGCAGUUGGGGAGGGGGCUCGCGAGGGUUGGUGUCAAUCGGUGA